ACUAGUCUGGAAGUUAUUAAUGCUACAACUGGCAAAGAUGAGAUGGGUCGAGCAUCUCGCCUGUGUAAGCACGCGUUCUACAGCCGCUGGAUGCGUAUUCAUGCCAAGCUUUCCUCCAGCUUGCGUUCAAAGAUCCUCAAGCCCAACCUGUACCACGAUACCAAGCAAGGAGCCAGAGAGUAUCAAACUGCCAAAGAGUGUCUGUUUAAAGCAUUCCUGAAGGCAGGACUUGGAGCCUGGGUGGAGAAGCCCAUAGAACAGGAUCAGUUUUCUCUCACGGUCUAAUUCCCAAACUGCACAUCACUUUGGAAAGGGGGUUGUUCUGGAAAUUCCUGGUGUCCAGCAUUGCUUUCUGGCAUCUCCACAGCUGUCAAAACAUCUUUUUGCUGUUUGGAAUUGGGUUUUGUCCUUUGGGUUGGUUUUUUUUCUUUUAAACUUCACAGUAACUUUCUGUUUUGUCUAAGUGUUGAAACUCAACGAUGAUCUGACACAUAAAUGUAUAUUUUGUUAUAGGAAAGUAAUUUCUGGUGUAUUUCUAGAAAUACUUUUAUUGUAGAAAACCUGCAGUAAGGCUGUCCUUACUGUAUACAAUGACUCAUUUUUUCUGGGUUAAAAUAAUUUCAGUUUUUUUAAUUCAGUGUCAUCAAGUGCAUGAAGAAAUCAGAAGUUUCUCUAGGUUUUACACCACACCUUUAGGAAGUAGCUGAAUUUUUUAAAAAGAAAAUAGGUGACAAAGCUGAUUCUACUCCUCUGUUAACUUGUUUUUGAAAUGCAGAUAUUUUUAGCACAUAGACCACAGAGCCAGAAUGGAGUCUGGACAGCUAGUUUUUUUCCCCCAAUUCCUUGCUCUUUAAAACCAGCUACUGAAAAUUUCAUGUCUUUGAUGUAUGUAUUUAUUAGUCUGUGACCCAGUUUUUAACAUGCAGCUUUUUAUUCUGUUUUUAAAAAUACAUUUACCUCCCAUUUAUA